CGUUCGCUAAAAUCACCAAAUCAGCCCAAACAGAAAGGUGGGCCGUACAACGUCACAGAAGAUCAGUUCCUGGCUUCCAUCUGAUCUGUACCCUACUGUCUUCUUCCUUCCUUGCUUAUCCUAUUCUUCGUAUUCCAUCUCCAAUUUCCACAGCAGUUCAUCAGUCAGUACGAUUCCAUAAACCUUCACCGUUUUCCAUGGAUGCAUGUAGCUUUGGGGCUUCAAGUUUGAAAUUUUCAAAUUCGAAUUUGGGUGCUGCUAGAAUUGAACCACCUACUUCAAAGCAACCAUUGCAUGGCGUAAAAGUCCCAAAUGUUAGACAGUUUGAUGGUUUGACGUUAUCUCAACGUUCUUCUAAGAAUUCAAAUCGAUGCCUGUGUUUGCCAUUAAAGAACGCCCAAUCUGAUACACAUUCAGAAGAUCAUCGCUCAGAAGCAUCCAAUUCAUCUGAAUCAAGAACACAACUUGUUCCAACUGCUUUGGAGGUGGAAUCUCUCAUAUCUGGAAUAUGUGAAACCUCAAUUGCAGAGUUUGAAAUGAAAGUUGGUGGAUUUCGGCUAUAUGUAAUGAGAGACUUGGGUGUAGAAAUUCCGAAUUCGCCCCCGCCUCCACAAUCUACUUCAAAUGUAGUAGAUCCAACACCAGGGGCAAGUGAGGUAAAUGGGUCAGCUUCAUCAUCAUCUCUAGCCAUCACAAAAGCUUCAUCUGGUGUUCAGAGUUUGCUUGAUAAAGCUACAGAUGAAGGACUCACUAUAAUCCACUCUCCAAGAGUUGGGUACUUUAAAAGAUCACGAACCAUUAAAGGGAAACGAGCACCUCCUUCAUGCAAAGAAAAGCAAAUAGUGAAGGAGGGACAGGUUGUUUGUUAUGUAGAACAGCUUGGUGGCGAGUUACCUAUCGAGUCUGAUGUAGCUGGGGAAGUUGUCAAGUUUCUUUGUGAAGAUGGUGCUGCUGUGGGAUAUGGUGAUGCUUUGAUUGCAAUUCUUCCUUCUUUUCCUGGGAUUAAGAAGCUCCAUUAGGUGGACAGAUGGCUUAUUUUGAGGUUUUUUAAGAUUAAAUUGGUUCAUGAGUGACAUUUUUAUGAUGUUUAUUAAGAUUGGUUAUCUGUAAAAAUCGGGUUCUGAUUUAAUAAUAGUGUAAAUUAAUUGAGACUUGUGAUGUUUUAUUUUGAU